AUACGUCGAUUCUGCAUAGAACGAAAAGACCGCCGACCACUUGUUUUGGCGGCAUUCGAAAUAAGUCAGCGUACCAGGCAAAACCUCCGAAUCGUCUAGAAAUACUUUGAAAGUAAUACGUAGACACAUUUUUCUUCGGGAUUUCAGUAUUUCUUUCAGUUGUUAUGGCACUAUGGAUCCGGUGGACGUUGGCGGUGAUGUCGGUGACGGUGAUGUCGAUGAUGGAGUCGGCGGACAGCAUGGUGCGUCGGGGGGCAGUGGAUAAACGGCAGGCGCCCACAGAAGGUGACUUCACGGACAGGUCGUUGGACGGAUCAUACGCGUUCCGGUACGCGGACAGGAACCAGUUCCACUCGGCUGCCGCCAAUAAGGACAACGUCGUGUCCGGAAGGUUUGGCUCCAGGAGUCCCGAAACCGGUCGAAUCGUGCAGACAUCGUAUUCGUCCGGGCCCCGCGGUUUCCGUGCCCGUGGACCGGACAUUGCCAGACAGACAGACCUGUCGCAAGUCCGCCUGCCCUACAACCCACCCGUGCCCACCGACUCGUCCAAAUACGACCCGGCCUACGACCGAUACUACGACCCAAACGAAGACCCGAGCUACAAGUUCACAGUCCGGACGCCCACACAAUCGAAAUCCGAAACCGCCGAUUCCAGGGGCCACGUCGAAGGCGUAUACUCUUACUUGGACGAUGUCGGCAAGAGACACGACGUUCAGUACGAGGCAGGCGCCGGUACCGGUUUCCACGUCAAGUCGCCCCACCCAGACUCGGACACCUACGGUGGUGUGUUCUACAAUGGCCCACCCGGCAAGCCCGGCGGCCGGCCGCGUGGCCACUCGUCUGUCGUGCUAGGCAAGGAUGGCUCGUACGGGUUCACUGCGUCCGGGCCGGACCAGCGGCGGUCCGAGGUGAGCGAUUCGAGUGGCCGCGUGCAGGGCUCGUACACUUAUGUGGACGACAAGGGCGUGCAGCGGACGGUGCAGUACGUGGCAGGGCCCAACAUCGGGUAUCGAAUUGUCAACAACGCUGCGGCCGGUGGCGCGGCCGCUGCGCCGUCGCUCCCGGGCAGCAGUGUGGUGGUAGGUGGCGUCGGUGGCGUCGGUGGUGGUGGCCUGGUGGUACCUGUGCCGUCGUCUGUGUUGCCCCCGUUGCAGUUGAUAUCGUCGCCGUCGUCCACGCCGCUGUCACCGAUCGCGUUCGAGCCGCAGGACCUGUUCGGGCCUUCGGCCAGCACGUCUGCACCGCUCCCGGACCGCCGGCGCCCCGAGCCACCUGUCAAAGGCUUCGGUGGCAAUGGCGGAGGUGGUGGCCUGUCCGACGAAUUCCUGUCACCAGACAGCACGCUGCCUCUUGGUUCGGCGUUCCCGGAAGACGACCCCUCUCUGCCACCCAAAAAGUGGCCCACCACGUACAAGAACAAGGACGAAGAAUCGUUCUUCCAGUCGUUCGACAAGUUCGACAAACGAAACCCACCGAAGAAGGGCUACCACGCGGGGCCAGUGGACACGACGUCGUCUUACGGCCAGUCGACAACCGGAGGGUACAACCUGCUGCAGCAGCAGUCGUCCACCGGCAGGCCGAUUGGACCGCCGGAUACGUCGUAUGGCCAACCGUCUCGGCCGAUAGUGGUGGACGACAAGUACGGACAGUACGGUGGCACUGACUACCAGAAGCCCAAAGACGAAGGCGUUUCGAACACUUUCGGUGGGUUCCCGACCGGUGCCGUGGUCAAGGCCCAUGUCCAGAGUCUCGACAUUCUACCGUUCGGGUACAGGGUGCCAUCGCCGUCGUACGUUCUCGAAAAACAGUUUGGCAACGACUUUCAGAAUUCGAUAAAGAAAUAAAACGUCAUCCACGAUGAUAAUUAUUAUAUACACUUAGUUGGUAAUAUUACAAUAUUUAUUAAUGUAUAAGUUCCUGGCCAUGAUAAGGUUUGUUGUUUUUUUUCAAACACAUGUACCUAUACGUUAUUCUUAAUUUCCGUCAGUAUAUUAUAUUUACCAUCAUCGGCAUAAUAUUAUAUUAUUGACACGUGUCAUAAUACGUACACUUAACGCUAGCGUAUUGUUAUGAAAGUAUAAUAUACAACAUAUAUUUUGGUAAAUAUUUGUAUAAUAUUUUUGAAUACGAUUGCAGUAUAAUGUCAUCAUUUCAUUUUUGAUCAAAAUUAGAUAAUAAGGACGAAUUAUAAUUGGUAGUAUAUUUUUAGAAGGCCACUCGCAGUGAUUAGUAAUUAAGUACCAGUAUAAUAUUAUAUCUUGCACUAAAUUAUAAAAAAAAA